AACGUGCCUUUACGAAGCCUCGCCACACACACGACGUGUAAAUACCGUCGUCGUGCCCUCGUUUGCGCCCCUUUGUGCUCGUUUAGCCCGGCGUCGGCCUCGUGAACGUGUUAGCUUAGCCACGUUAGCAUGUCGAGCUGUGGUCACAAUCAGAUUUGGGAUUCAUUUCUUUCACCAUUUUCAAACAACACUGUGAUAACAAUUCAAUUAGUCUGUCGUUCGCAUUUGUAGUGAUUUAAUCCAAUGAGUCAACUGAAAGAAACACACCCAUGCGGAUUUAGUUCAGGAUUAAAACAACCGAGCACCAACACCGUAGAAGAACCGCUGGACCUGAUCCGACUCAGUCUGGACGAGAGGAUCUACGUCAAGAUGAGGAACGACCGAGAGCUGAGAGGGCGACUGCAUGCGUACGAUCAGCACCUGAACAUGAUCCUGGGAGACGUGGAGGAGACGGUGACCACGGUGGAGAUUGACGAGGAGACGUAUGAAGAACUCUACAAGUCGACCAAGAGGAACAUUCCCAUGCUGUUUGUCAGAGGUGAUGGCGUCGUUCUCGUAGCUCCGCCCCUACGGGUGGGUUGAGCGCAGGUGGACUUAAAAAAAAAAAAAAAAAAAAAACAGUUUGAAAAAAAAAAAAAAUCCUGAAUUCUUUUGCAGUUUCUUUUUCUUGUUUUGGAGGGGGGUGCUGCAAUUUGAAAUGUUUGUGUUAUGUAUAAAAUUUUUGUUGUCUUAAUAUCACCCCUCCUCCCAAAAAAAAACAACAAAAUAAUAAUCGCCACUGAGUUGUACCCAAGCUGUUUUCAAAUAAAUGUAUUUCUUUGUUACAUAAA